AUGGAAGAGUUCCUGAUACCGACGGAAAGCGAGCCUGUCGGUUACUUCUCUCCGGCAGGACCUGCUAAAAGUCCUCUCGAGCGUAUGAUUGACUUCAUGAAGAGCACAUUAACGGUCAAUGUCCGAGAGUACGUGAAGGAGUACAUCAAGAGAAACGGACUUCUGACGCUAUCCAUACUGGCUGUCAUCACCGGUUGUGUCCUGGGCUUUUUGCUGAGGGGUCUGGCUCUCUCCACACAGGCAAAAAUCUAUUUCUCCUUUCCUGGUGAGCUGCUCAUGCGGGUACUUAAAAUGCUGAUUCUCCCCCUGAUCACCUCCAGUUUAAUGUCUGGACUAUCGUCUAUGGAGUCGAAGGCCUGCUGCAGGAUAGGAGUACUGACGGUCACAUACUACCUUUGGACCACAUUCAUCGCCGUAGUGGUCGGCAUUGUUCUUGUCCUGAUCAUUAAACCGGGCUAUGGAACAGACAUGGAGAGCAACAGACUGUCAAGUGGACAGGUCAUAACAUCUGCAGAUGCACUGCUGGAUCUGGUCAGGAAUAUGAUUCCCUCCAAUCUUAUCGAAGCCACAUUUCAGCAGUACCAGACAGACCAUGUUCCCAUCAUUAAAGCAAUAGUUAACACGGGACGCCCAAAUUUUGUUUACCUGAUGCCCGACGAGGAACAUCCAAGAGGUCGAAUGGUGUUGUUGGAGGUCACACCACCACCAGACCUCGAAUAUAAGAUUCGUCCCGGGAGCAGCCAGCAGAUGAAUGUACUGGGCAUUGUUAUUUUCUCAGCCACGAUGGGUCUCUUACUGGGUAGAAUGGGUGAACGGGGAGCUCCGCUGGUGAACGUCUGCCAGUGCAUCAAUGAGUGUGUGAUGAAGAUCAUUAAUGCAGCUGUAUGGUAUUUUCCUUUUGGGAUAAUUUUCCUUGUGGCCGGGAAAAUUCUGGAUAUGAGCGAUCCCUUCACACUUGGGAAGAAGCUGGGCUGGUACGGUGUGACCGUCCUGGCAGGUCUGUUUGUGCACGGCCUCAUUUUGCUUCCGUUCUUUUACUUCAUUUUGACACGGAAAAACCCUUUUACAUACAUCAGAGGGCUUCUGCAGGCCAUGGUUAUUGCUUUGGCUACAUCAUCCAGUUCAGCAACGUUGCCCAUCACAAUGAAAUGUUUGCUGGAGAACUGCAAUGUGGACCGGCAGAUCGCCCGCUUUGUGCUCCCUGUGGGAGCCACCAUUAACAUGGAUGGAACGGCCCUUUAUGAAGCAGUGGCUGCUAUUUUCAUCGCCCAGGUCAAUGAGUACGAGCUGGAUUUUGGACAACUGGUCACAAUCAGUAUAACAGCAACUGCUGCCAGUAUAGGUGCUGCUGGAAUCCCACAGGCAGGCCUUGUAACCAUGGUGAUAGUGCUGACAUCCGUAGGGCUGCCGCCAGAUGACAUCACACUGAUCGUGGCCAUUGAUUGGAUUCUAGAUCGGUUUCGAACAAUGAUCAAUGUACUUGGAGAUGCUCUGGCAGCUGGGAUCAUUGGACACUUGUGUCGGAAAGACUUUCCCCCAGACGGAGAAGCAAAAGCAAACGGAGCAUCACAAGAGAGUCAGGCAGCUACUAAGAUGGAGAAUGUGCCUUUGACUGAAGUACCACUGCUGGCCAGUAAAGACAGCAUAUUUGAGGUGAUUGGAGACAAGGUUUAUGAACGGCCCAUAGUCUACUACAACAUAUGUCAAGUCUGAGUCAGCAGACAGUGGCCUUACAGAUAUCAAAGCCCUUUCUUUGGAGAUCCUUUAUUACUAUUGUGCCAUAAGAACUGAAUUAACAUUUGACUGGUAUAUCAGUAUUUGAUAUGGACCUUAUAUUGGCUGUUUGUACAGCUGAAUACAUUUUGGGGAGUGUUUCCCUAUUUAAAGGGACUUUUUGCAGAUUUAAGUAGACUGUUUUACAGGUGCUGUAAAUUGAUGUUAAUUGAUACUGCACAAAACAUCCACCCCAUAUUGCGAAAAAUAUAAAUAAUUUCAAAUAUAUUUCAAAAUAUAAAAAAUUGCCACUUUUUUAACCAAUAUAAAUAAAUGAUUUGGUCAUUUUUUAAAUUUUGAAAAUAGUUGUAUUUUAAAGCAUUUCUAUUCACCUUGCAUUGAAAGACUAACCUGUAAACAUAUCAAGAUUACAAUUAUUAACUUUAUAUUUUAUGCAUACUUUUAUAUUCUGGCUAGGAAAAUAUUUUUUAUUUAAAUAUUUCCCAUAUAUUAAAAACAUUUUUGGCAAAACAAAUGAUUUUUUUGCCAUAUGGGACUUGAGGCGAGGGAAGCAUUUACUGUGCAAAUGCUCAUCCAAAAGCCAAUUAUUUACUGUCACGUGCAAC